AUGACAAAGAGUGUCAACGGUGCUCUCGAUUGGGUCGGCCUUGUGUUUUCCCGAGCACUCUGCCAGAUAAUCCAGGUCGAAAAAGCCGGAUUGAUGAGCUCCAAGACCAGAUCAAUGAGCUUCGACGAGGGAGUUUCCGGACACGGCAUGUCCGGAGAUGAGGCAGCGCCAGAUACUCUAUAUGAAUAUAAUGCGUCAAUUGAACACCCAAAGCCCAUCUCUCACCACCCUGGCUUGGGUCAGCGUGGCGACCUGUUGACUAAUGGUGUCCUCACCCUGGCUCAGUGCAAUCGAUUGUUGGACAAGUUUCGCACGGCCAAAAUGCCCCAGUUUCCGUUUGUCAUAAUCCGCUACUCGAUGAAUGCAAUCAGCCUUCGCCAGGAAUAUCCUUUCUUAUUCGUGGCUAUCAUGACUGUCAGUUCGGAAGACAGGCCAGCCUUACAAAAGUAUCUGGACCAUGAAGUUAAGCGAACCGUCAGUACACGUAUCAUUAUGAACAACGAACGGAACAUAGAUCUACUCCUUGGUCUUCUUGUCUACACAGCAUGGUACCAUUAUCAUUGGGAGUCAAUGCUGCCGCAUAUGUACAUGUUCCUUCAAAUGACUGUCACAAUGGUUGCUGAUCUUGGGCUCGAUCGGCAACCCAAUUUCACCAUGCGAAACAUUGCAGCCAGCUUAGGAAGGCCGAACAGCGCACAUCAGCAAAUAUCGAGCAAUUCGGUCAUUGGAAAGAGGGCUCUCCUAGGAACGUUCUAUUUGUGCUCUGUGUCGUCACUUUUCCGACAGCAGUUGUUCAUGAAACAUACCGAUUGGAUUAAUCAAUGCUGCGAUAGCUUAGUGAAAAGUCCUGAAUUCCCAUCAGAUACACUUCUGAAAACCUACAUAGACGUGAGAUUGCUAGCUCAAAAGAGUGCAAAGGUAUUUGACGGCAAUGUUUACCGACAUACACAGUCAUCUUCACAUGCAGAACGGAUGCUAGAGGCAGGCAUCCAGAGACUCGACCAAGAAUUUUCUUUAUUUCAAGAGAUCGAAUACGAAGCUCAACAACACGGAAGUGACACCUACGCAUGUAUAUUUGAAGUGAAAGCGAAGCCAGUUCUCGUUCUUGGACAAAUAGUCUACCACAGGAAUGACAAGUUCCUUGUCGAUGAAAUGAACCAGCUUGACAAUCUCAUUUCAUCGGCAGAGAGUUUCAUUGCGUCGUUCCUUAAGGCCUCACCAGAACUCAUGGUCCACCUCUCUCUAUCCUUUUACACAUAUCUCUGGUAUGCGUUGUUAGUCCUUUCGAAGGUCCUCUUGUUGUCCGACCUUGAGUGGGAAAGAACAACUGGGUUUGGAUGGAGAAUCCAUGGAAUCGCGCGAGCGGCAAUCGAAAAGCAUGGGAAAGUCUCACGUGGUAAUGAUGUUUGGGCAAAUAGCAAGAGGGUCAUAGGGAGCAUGAUAUCAUGGCUGGAGAAGCAUCAAGACUUACCAGGGCCGGAACAAAGGCUGCGAAACCAUCCGAGCUCGACGAUGCACUACCCUUCGGCUUCUGCUGGCUCAGAUUUAAACGAAUCCAGAAGGCAAACCACCUUCCCUACACAUCAGCUUGACUACUGCCAAGUGGCGACCGAGUUCAGAUUUGGUCAAAUUGCUUUAGAGGGUAUGGGCGACGGGGUGGAUGACUACUGGGAUGCAAUACUAUGGCAGCAAAUGCUAGAAGGACCAGUGUUCCCAGGGUUGCCUUCCCUACACAUGUCUACCUCAGAGUGCUUCUAUGAUUAG